AUGUCUCAGCAGUUCUUUGAGGUCAAGGACCGGGUGUUCGACGGCCAGCAUAUCCGCGAAUACUCCCGAGCCACCGCGCACAACCAAGAAGAGAUCCUCCAGGUGUGCGCAAAGCAGUACAUUCCCCGGAGCAACCCGAACCCGCAACCAGGCGACGUGACCAUCAUCGCGGCGCACGCCAAUGGCUUUGUGAAGGAACUGUACGAACCACUCUGGGACGACCUUUUGGCUCUCAGCGAGAAGAAUGGCUUCCGCAUCCGCAGUAUAUGGAUCGCCGACGUUGCAUGGCAGGGCGAGAGCGGAGUCCGAAACGAAGCCAACCUGGGCAACGACCCUUCCUGGUACGACCACUCCCGCGACCUGCUCCAGAUGAUCAACACCUUCCGCCGCGAGAUGCCCCGGCCGCUCGUCGGCGUCGGCCAUUCCUUUGGCGGCAGCAUCAUUGCGAACCUCUCCCUGAUGCACCCUCGCCUCCUCUCUACACUCGUGCUGCUUGACCCGGUGCUCAAUUUCAGACUGGUCGGCCCGGCCUUUGGUUCCACGCCACUCGAACUGUCCGCCGUGCGCCGCGAAGUGUGGCCGUCGCGUGCCAAUGCGGCCGCCUCGUUCCGCCGGUCCAAGUUUUAUGCCGCGUGGGACCCCCGUGUGCUGGACGCGUGGAUUAAGCACGGCCUGCGGGACCUGCCCACAAAACGGUUCCCCGACCCAGACGCUGUUGUGGGGGCCACGCAAAGUAAGCAGGACGGUCCCGGCACUAGUGCUGAUGGCCCGCCUGUUACGCUGACGACCACAAAACACCAGGAGGUGUUUACCUUUUUGCGGCCUCUGCUGCAGGGUGUCGACGUCGAGACGGGCCGCCGUGUGUUCAGCCGCCAGCGGCUGCCCGACAUCAGCAACGCCAGCCUUUCUGUUUUCGGUGCCAGCCAGCUGUACCGUCCCGAGGUGCCCAACACUGCCGCCCAGCUGCCGCACCUGCGCCCGGGCGUGUGCUACAUCUUUGGCGCGACGAGCAACAUGUCGACGCCGGAGCUGCGGCAGGAGAAGCUGGACCUGACGGGUGUGGGUGUUGGCGGCAGCGGCGGCGUGGCAGCGGGCCGCGUGCGUGAGGUCGUGGUCGAGAAGACGGGCCAUCUUGUGCCCAUGGACCUGCCGACGGUGUGCGCCGAGCACGCGGCGUCGUGGAUCGGCCAGGAGCUGAACCUGUGGCGCGAGGAGGAGCGGGAGCUGGAGGCGGCAUGGUGGCCGCGCGGAGACGAGGCCAAGCAGACGAUUGAUGCCGAGUGGCGCAGCUUCAUUCCUCAGAAGCCGAAACCAAGGUUGUAA